AUGUCUGAGUCUCUUUUUGUGCCGGACGACAACCCAUCAGAAGUGUUCAACGAUGAUGAAUCAAAUGUUCGAAAGACAAACAGUCAAAAUCCAAGCAAUAAUGGUGUGUCCAGUAAAGAGCAUACCAUUGAAGAAUAUACCACACAGGAAGGAACAACCCAGAACCUAAAUCUGGAACCAAUUCAGGCAGCGACAUCCUUGAAUCUUAAAUAUCAACAAGAGAUUGUACGGCAGCUAAUUUCUCAAGAUGCUUUAGUAAUACUGGGUAGAGGAUUAGGAAUCGAGAAAAUAGUGGCAAACCUUCUUCAGAUCCUUGGAAUAUCCACGUCUGGCACUAAAAAACGCAAAAAAUCGCUCAUAUUUCUUAUAAAUGCAUCGGAAUAUGAAAACUUUCGAAUCGGGGAGGACCUGAUGGAACUAUCAUGGAUGAACGAAGAUAGUGUUGAUGGAAAUGAAAAUGUGCAAUUUACUGUGAUUGGGGCCGGCGAGGGCACGACUGUAGAUAAAAGAAGGGCUACUUAUGAAAGAGGAGGAAUAAUAUCUCUUUCGAAUAGAGUUUUGGUGACGGAUUUAUUGGCUGAAGUUGUUGAUCCAGGAUCAGUUACUGGAAUAGUUUUACUUCAUGCCGAAAACGUUCGGGAAUAUUCGAAUGACAGAUUUGUUGUAAAUCUCUACCGGCGGAAAAAUAAGUGGGGCUUUGUAAAAGCAUUUUCCGAGGAUCCAGAGAGACUCAGUAUUGGAUUUCAGCCGUUAUACACCGAGCUUAAGUUUUUGAAGCUGCAGAAGGCACUUCUUUGGCCCAGAUUUCACAUAGACGUGACUCGAUCUCUCAGAUCCCGCAAGAGAAGUGAUAAUACCGUCACCGAGGUUCGAGUGAAACUCACUUCAUACACCGAAAAGAUUCAAAAUGCUUUAAUGUCUUGCAUAGAGGCCCUUAUAGGGGAACUUCGCAGAAACAACCCUGACGUCGCUUCUGAUUACUGGACGAUAGAUAAUGCACUUGACAAUAACUUUGUUCAACGUAUUCAUAUGGGUCUUGAACCUGUUUGGCACAGAAUCUCGCUCACGACUCGACAGAUUGUAUUUGAUCUAGAAACUUUGAAAAUGUUGCUGAAACACCUAUUGGAGAGGGACUGUGUUGAGUUUUAUGGGGAACUUAAUGGGAUUGUUGAGGCAAAUAAACCGACAAUCACACGAAAUAACAAGGCGAUGGCCACAUGGUUAAUGCUUGAUGAAAGCAUGGCCAUGAUUGCGUGUGCGAAAGCAAGAAUUUUUGAUAAAAUCAAGGAUUCUGACAAGCAUAACGAGGAAAGCACAUACUUGCUUGAGGAACAGCCAAAAUGGGAUCAACUCUCUAUCAUUUUGGAAGAUAUCAAUCGGGAGAAGAUGGUCCAUGAUUCCAGCAACGAUGGACCAACGUUGAUUAUGUGUUACAGCUAUCAUACAUGUCGUCAGUUAAGAUAUUACUUAUCUACAUGCAAAGAUUACACACUUCCAGGUGGCCAAAAAAUUUACAGCGGCAGGAAAUACAUGAUAAAUCAGUUGAAAAGGUAUAUCCAGGAGAAGAGGGGACCUCAGACGAGAAAUAUAAAGAUCCAACGUGAUCUUAACGAAGAUGCCAGGAUCCACGAUACGCAUAGUGAAGUUGAAGGUACAGCCGCAGCUGAAAAUGCCAAUGCAGCAGAUAAGCUGAAUAUUUCGAAGACAUUUCUUCGAGGAAGACAGCCAUCUUCCAAGAGGAGAAGAACAAGAGGUGGUUCAAUAAUUGCCGAGCAUGAUCGGCUUCUUGACAAAGAUGUGGGUGGAGACGAAAGCGGAAAAAUUGACGAGGAGAUGAUUUUAGAGCUUGAAACGCAGAUGGUGUCUAAUAAUGACAGCGAAGAGAGUGAUGAAGAUGAUGACCUGAUGGUCUUAGGAUCAAAUGAAUACGAUAAUGAUGAUGGGAAAGAAAAUGGUAAAUCUGCAUCAUGGAGGGCUAUUGAUCUAGACUAUAUUGAUCGGUCUAACCAGUUGAUCAUUGAGCAGUACAACAGUAAGUCGGAUGACUUGCUUUUAGAGGAAUUUAUGCCCUCCAAUGUGAUUUUGUAUGAGCCAAAUCUUUUGUUCAUCAGAAAAAUUGAGCAGUAUCAGGCUGAACGAAGAAAGUCUGACAGGGCCAAAUGCUACUUUAUGUAUUAUGGUGGCUCUGUGGAGGAGCAGAGGUAUUUGAAUGAUAUCAAAUGCGAGAAGGAUUCUUUUACAAAGCUUAUUAGAGAAAAAGCUAAUAUGCCAAAAGUUUUCACCACCGAUGAGGAUGAGGUAUCCAAGUUUUCAACGCCAGUUGAAACAAACACUAGAAUUGCAGGUGGUGGAACGACUGCUAUUGCAAAGGUUAAGGUUAUUGUAGACAUGCGAGAGUUUAGGUCGCACCUUCCAUUUUUAUGCCAUUUAUCUGGAUUGGAGGUGAUACCUUGCAUGCUAACAGUUGGUGACUACAUAUUGAGCCCCAAGAUUUGUGUGGAGAGAAAAUCACUUCCAGACCUUGUAGGAUCUUUAAAAAACGGUCGGCUUUAUCAGCAGUGCGAGCAAAUGUUUCGCUACUAUGAGAGACCGACACUUUUAAUUGAAUUUGAAGAGGGCAAAUCUUUUUCUUUGCAACCUUUCACAACAUUCAAGAACGGAGUUUUAAUGCGAACAACAAACGCCGAAAACACAUACGUCCAAAGAGAUUUGCAGCUUAAGCUUAUGGUUCUUCUCACAUCCUAUCCAAGCUUGAGAAUUCUCUGGACGAGCUCACCGUUUGAAACGGCCAAAUUAUUUAAGGAGCUUAAGUUGAAUCAGAACGAGCCUGAUGUUACAGAAGCUGUCAGCAAAGGGUUGAAUCCACUCUUUGAUCAGGAAUCUCUUUUCAACGAUAUGUCGAUCGAUCUUAUACAAAGCAUUCCGGGAAUCAAUACUGUCAAUUACACUUUGAUCAUGAGUAAGAUCAAGAGUCUCUAUGAGUUGAGCCAUACUUCAAUCGAGGACUUGGCAAAGAUCAUCGGCCAUUCUGCCGCAAGUAAGGUGGUGGACUUUUUUGAAAAGCAUAUAUAA